AUGGAGUCCGGAGGAGGCAACUACCAAAAGGGCCAGCAAUAUUCAAUCCAACACCAGAAUCCUUACCAUCAUCAGCACCAUGAACAACAUUUUGUUCAUCAUCUUGUCAAAUCCAUGGUCUUAUCUGCUGCAAUUGCUCUUGCGUUCAUUGUUCUUUAUCACUCGGCAGAUCGUUUUGAAUUGCUCCCCACUUCAAUGUACAAUAAAUUUCUGGCGUCCGACGGUUUCUCUUCUUCGUAUGUGAUUGGUUCUACAUAUGAUAAGCUUGUGUUAUGGGUGUUGCUAUUUGAAGAUUUGGUGUGGAUUUAUGAGGAACUUUAUGAGUUGAAUAGAGUCUUACAAAAGGCAGCCACAACGAACAGAACUGUUAUUAUGACAGCUCUGAAUGAAGCAUGGGCAGCAAAAGAUUCAAUAUUUGAUCUUUUCAUUGAAAGCUUCAAAAUUGGGAAUCAAACAGAAGGGCUAUUGAAGCACUUGUUAGUGAUUGCAUUGGAUCAAAAAGCAUAUGCUCGAUGCUUAAAAUCAAAGCUUCAUUGCUAUAGCCUCAGAACUGAUGGCAUUGAUUUUUCUGGGGAGGCAUAUUUUAUGAGUGCAGACUACUUGAAGAUGAUGUGGAGGAGGGUUCAGUUUCUUACAAAAGUUCUUGAUAUGGGAUAUAACUUCCUUUUUUCGGAUGCAGAUAUAAUGUGGUUUCGAGAUCCAUUUCCACAUUUCUAUCCAGAUGCUGAUUUCCAGAUUGCUUGUGAUUAUUUUCGGGGCAACCCUUCGGACAUAGACAAUGCACCUAAUGGAGGUUUCACCUACGUGAAAUCAAACAACAAAACAAGACAAUUCUACAGGUUUUGGCACGACUCAAGAAUCCUUUAUCCAAAAUAUCACGAUCAAGAUGUCCUCAACAAGAUUAAACGUGAUCCCUGCAUCCAGCAGAUGGGACUAAAAAUCAAGUUCUUUGAUACAGCUUAUAUUGGAGGAUUUUGUGAACCUAGUAGAGACUUGAACAAGGUAUGCACCAUGCAUGCAAAUUGCUGUGCUGGUUUAGAGAAUAAAGUCCAUGACCUUAAAAUCAUGCUUGAGGAUUGGAGAAAGUAUAUGAAACUACCUGAAAGCAAUAGAUCGGACCAUUCUUGGACAGUUCCACAGCUUUGCGGCCUUGCAUCUUUUGGCCGUCAUAAAUCAACCAACAAAACCUCAGAAGGAACAUGAUGAAAAUUCAUAUUGUGUUUCGGACUGAUGAGGAAUUGAUAUGAAAAGGCAGUCGAUUCAAUUGAAAAGUUAAACACAGUUGCAUGGCUGGCUCUCUCUAACCAACUAAAUCACCUCAUGUACUUGGCAUAUUCUAGUUGAAAGAUCUCCAAUCCUUGUAAAAAGUUAGAUCUCAUAUUGUUGUAAAGAAUUUUGAUAUCAGCUUACACUUU